UACUGUUGUAUUAAUGUGGAAUGAGAAUUCUGUACAGGAUGUAUAUUGCAGAGGUGUCCAAUCCGUUCAGCCCAAACACACCUGCCUGGAAGUUUCCAGUAAUCCUGAAGACCUUGAUUAGCUGGUUCAGGAUAUAAAAUGGGCACUGAAACACAUGAAUUCAUUCACCUCCUGAUCAAAGAUGGAUCUUCAAAUCUCAGUUCUUCUUCUGUUCAUUCUGUUCACUGGAGGACACUCUCUCAGAUGUUAUGAGUGCAUGAGUGUGACGGGUUCUUGUGCAGAUCAAACGGUACAAACAUGUCCCAGUGGAUAUUCUCAGUGCAUGAGUUCAACAGUAGUAACGCCAAUUGGAGACAAUACUACUGAAGUAAAGAUUAAAGGUUGUGCUCCAUCAUAUUCCUGUCUAUUCUCAAGCUACAGCACUGCAGAGGUCUCUGUUUCCUGCUGUAACACAGACCUUUGUAAUGCCAAAGAUGCAGAGCUUUCUGGAGGUUCCAGUUCUAAUGACGUCAAUGUCCCCAAUAUCCCCAACUUCCCCAAUAUCCCCAAUUUCCCCAGUGUCUCCAACGUCCCCAAUGGAAAGAAAUGUUACUAUUGUGUUGGGAACAGCUGCUCAAACAUAAUAGACUGUUCUGGGAGCGAAGACCACUGCAUUACAGCAACAGGGACUUAUGGAAGCCAGUCAGUUGUUGCAAAAAGCUGUGUGUCUAAAGCAGUUUGUGAUGCUGCAACAUCGGAUCCUAAUGUUCGGGGCAUCUCAUGUUGUGAGGGGAACCUGUGUAACGGUGCUCAGAGUGUCUCCCAGAGCUUCCUGUUCCUCUGCUGUUCUCUGCUCUCCUACUUCCUGCUGCACUGAAUCCAGCAGCUCCUCACAUCCUACAGUCAGACACACUGUACUGAAUAUAGAGCUUGUAUUUUCUAUGUACUGUCUUUGGUGUUCUGAUGUGAUGAACUGAAAAGUAUACUGGAAAUAGCAGGAAACGGUACAUCAUCAGCUUGUUUCUGGUUUAUAUUUAAUAAAGCUUGUCAAGUUGUAAAGAUAUCUGAUAUACUGCAGUAAAGUAAAAAUAAAUCGUUCAUUCUGCACUUGCAACAUCCUUUUGGAACUGUUAAAAAAAUGUAACCGUAUAUUUCAAUAAAGUGUCAAACUGCAUUUAGCAUCAUUUAUCAGCAGGUGGCAGCAGAUAAUAUUUUGUACCAAAAUAACACCCUUGCUUUCAGCUCAAUGCAUUUUUUUUUAAAUUGUGCUGUAUUGAUAUGCUGUCAUACGUACGGUGACCGGGAGAGGACAUGUUCGGUUCACUUAGUUUUGUCGUGGCCACAACAUGUUAACUCGUGGGAACGUGAUAAUAAGUCGUGGACACGAGAUCAUUUUGUCGAGGUAACGACAUUUGUCGAGGUAACUUUCUAUUGGCUUUUAUCCCAUCAUAAUGCCGUCCUUCAGUUGUCUUUUUCUUACUGUUACUAUUCCCAAAUUGAUGUAAGAUGUGUGUGCGUGCAUGUUAAUUAUGUAGAAUCUGUCUGUUGAUGGUAUUCAUGUAGGCUAUUUAAAAGAAAAGAAAAGAAAAGAACAUGUCGCUUCUUUCUGCAGAAAAACAGCAACGGGCUGAAUGAAAAUGUAAAAUGUGACUCUUCCAUCCAGGUAGUGGUAUUUGUUUUUAUUGUUAUUUUUAUUUUUUAUGCAUUCCAUUUUUAUUCUUACGUAUUUGUUUCCUUUUUAUGUAAAGCACUUUGAAUUACAAUUGUGUAUGAAAUGUGCUAAAUAAAAUUGCCUUGCCUAA